GCCACAAAGCUUAUCCUCAGCGAUGGUGAGGUCCAGGAGGUGUUUGACAGUUUCGGCGUACUUCGCCUCUUGCGGCUCGGGCGCAUCGUCCGCCUGGUGCGCAUGGUGCGGCUCAUACCGGCCCUCAAGUCAAUGGUCUACCUAAUCCUGGCGUCGUUGAAAAGCUUUCUCUGGACGGUGGUGCUGCUGCUUAUCCUGAUGUACUGCGUGGCUGUCUACUUCACGGAAUUGGCCUUCGACUUGCAGCACAAGCAUCCGGACAAAGACUUCUCGUCGGUUAGACAGAGCUGGGGAUCCAUCGGCAGUUCGAUCCUGUCCCUCUUCCAGGCCAUCACUGGAGGAGAUGACUGGCAGAACUUCAUCCUUGUGUUUCGGGAUGUGUCUGGGGACAGCAGCCUGGUGAAUACAUUGGUCUUCUCCUUGUUCAUCGCCUUUGCCACGCUUGUGAUGAUGAAUCUGGUUACCGGAGUCUUUGUCGAUGGGGCACAGCGCAUCGCGCGCGAAGAGAAGAAUCAGGAGCUGCUGAAACAUGUGAGGAGGCUCUUGGCCCCACAGGAGGCUCGGGCCGGCAGAUCCAGCACAGGACCGCGUGGGGGCGACGAUGACCUGGUGACAUGGCUCGAGUUCUGCCAGAAGCUGCAAACGGAAGAGAUGAGCGCGUACCUGACGGCUUUCGAGAUGGAUGCUGGCCAGGCUAAGGACAUCUUCUACAUCCUGGAUCAAGAGCGACAGGGGAAGGUGACAAUGCGCGAGUUUUUCUCUGCCUGUGUGAACCUUCACGGCGCGCCCAGGCUCGCAGACACGGCGAUCCUGCGGCACUUGGUGCAAAGAACCUUUGAAGAGCUGGACAGCCACCUGGAUCGAGUGGAGGCCCUCCUUGGAGGACCAGCCGUCCGAAACGACGGGGCAGCGCCGCAGUACGCCCACACCUGUCCCGACUUCCACAAGCCCGGAUGA